AUGGAGAAGCUCACAUUAAACUGGUCAAACGUCGAAUCUGUGCCUGAGAAGUACAUACUCCCACCCGAAGAAAGACCUGGUGAUAUCAAAAUCCCAAUCAGCCACAACAUUCCAGUGAUUGAUCUCAGUGAAGCACAGAAUGGUGAUAGAACAAAUACAAUUCAGAAAAUUAUGAAAGCUGCAGAGGAGUUUGGAUUCUUUCAGGUUAUCAAUCAUGGAAUUGCGGAGAAUGAAAUGAAGGAAACAAUGAGUGUUUUUAAGGAGGUGUUUCAGUUGCCUGAUAAGUACGAGCAUAACUUGUAUCCUGAUGACUCUACUAAGACAUGUAAGAAGUUUACAAGCUCUUACAAUUAUGAAACUGAAAAGGUUCAUUAUUGGAGGGAGUCUCUUAGACACCCAGCUUAUCCUUUGGAGGAGUGGCAACACUUGUGGCCUCAAAAUCCAAUUUCAUACAGGAAACGUGUUGGAGAUUUUUCGGUUAAAAUUAAGCAGUUGGGUUUGAGGAUCAUGAAUUUGAUUAGUGAAGGACUUGGUCUAGAAUGUGGAUAUUUUGACGACGAUCUUAGCGGAUCAUUGAUUAUCUCUGCUAAUCAUUAUCCACCAUGUCCUAAUCCGAAUUUAACGCUUGGUUUAAUCAAACACCGUGAUGCUUACCUCAUCACCAUUUUACUCCAAGAUAAUAUAUCUGGUCUUCAAGUAUUAAAAGAUGGAGAAUGGAUUGGUGUUGAGGCUCUUCCUCAUGCAUUUGUCAUCAAUAUCGGUUAUACCUUAAAGAUAAUCAGUAAUGGUAAGUUACAAAGUGCCGAGCACAGGGCUGUGACAAAUUCAACUCAUGCUCGUACGUCUGUUGCAUUUUUUAUAGCUCCAUCAGGUGAUUGUUUUAUAGAGCCAGCCCAAGGUCUCAUUGAUGAACACAAUCCACCUAUUUUUAAGUCAUUUAAAUUUAAAGAUUUCCUCUCACGAUUCUUUGAAAAGCUUGGUGACGUGGAAAAAGUCAUGAAAUCCUUUGAGGAACCAGAUAGAAUAUUAUGA